UGCUGGAGAGUGCUGCUUGUGGAAACUUGUAUGGUAGCACCUGCCACUUGACGUGCAAUAAAGGAUACGAAAUAAAAGGAUCCGAAGAAAGAAAAUGUGACAAAAAAGCUGGGACAAAUUUAGUACACUGGACGGGAAGUGACACUUACUGUGAAGCUAUUCAAUGCCCUGCCCUGGAUAAUCCAGAUAACACAGUUAAAUCAGGUUACGGUUGCACUGGUGCAUCUUCCAUAUACGGCACUUCCUGUUUCUUCACUUGCAUACCGGGAUACUACAUAGUGAGCGGAUCGCAGAAACGAACAUGUUUGCAGACUGGGACGUGGAGUGGAAUCCAACUUCGGUGUGAAGCUAUCACCUGCCGCCCGUUUACUAUUAAAUCAGCAGAACUGGUUGUUAUCCCAGCAUUCUGUACGAACGCAACUGCUGUCAUAUAUUACAAAUCAGAAUGCCGGUUCUCCUGUAAGAAUGGCUAUCAGCAGAGUGGGCCUGGAGUCAAGACUUGCAAUCAGAACAACGAUUGGUCUCCUCUGGGAAAUCCCUCCUGUAGAGUUUCGAGAUGCAUACCCAAGUUAGAAGCUCCAACAGGAGGAAGUUCUCUUUGCACUAAAGGCAAUCAGUAUGGAUCUGAAUGUUCCUUUGCUUGUAACAUUGGACACAAGAUGGUAGGCUCUACUGUUAGAGUGUGCGAGAGGGACCUAGUUACUUCUUUGGGCUUCUGGACAGGAAACGAGACUAAAUGUGAAUUGAUCAGGUGUCCGCGUCUCAAUCCUCCUGCCCACAUUACACAAUACGGAUGUGGGCGCGGCUCUGUGGACAACACUUAUGGUGACAAAUGUCUGUUGUACUGUGAUGUCGGGUACCGGUGGGUAAAUGGAUCCACUGAGAGAAUCUGCCAAGCUGACGGUACAUGGUCGGGAGAAGAGCCCUACUGUGAAGCUGCCCGCUGUAAGUCGUUACAAGCUCCAAUAGAUGGCGAUAUUUCUCCAAGUUCAUGCAAAAAUUCUCCGAAUUACUACACUACUUGUCUUUUCUCUUGCCGAAAUGGCUACAGACUGCAGGGAGAGCCAAUAACAACUUGCCUUAGAGAUGGAAGGUGGUCAAAGAAUGUCACUGCAAUGUGCAAAGACGUGGAAAGUCCUUCCUUUGGUUUAACCUGCCCAGGUGAUAUCAAGGUGUAUGCAGACAAGGCAAAAAACUAUACGCAAGUGUCUUGGCCUCCCAUUAUUGCCACUGACAACUCUGGUCUUGCACCGAAUGUGACUUUAAGAGGUGUGCAAAGCAUAUACUACAGUGGGAAGCACGAUGUCAGUUACAACGCUACCGAUGGAGCGAGAAAUUUCAAGAUUUGCAAGUUUCACAUCACCGUCGAGGUCUUCAGAUGUCAGGCACUACUCCCUCCACUGGAAGGAUUUUUUUCAGGAGAUUGUGACAACAGUUAUGGUUCGACGUGUAAAGUGGCUUGCAAGGAUGGCUACAACCUAAAAGGGUCGAGCAUCCUUACUUGCUUCAGGAAACCAGGUCACAUAACAGGAUAUUGGAACGGUUCUUUACCAGUCUGCCAGGCGCGGAGAUGUCCUUCUCUGAGUACUCCACCAUACGGCUUUAUUUACCACCGUAUGUGCAAGUCGUCUCCAGUCAGGGGAACAGCCUGUUACUUCGAAUGUAGGAAUGGUUUCAUCGAAAAUGGUGGAGAAACUGUGGUAUAUUGUGGGGAUGAUGGGAAGUGGAGCAAAAACAUUUCCUCGAUAUCAAAAUGUUUUGAUGUGUCACCCCCUGUAUUUAGGAAUUGUCCCUCAGACAUUCGUAUAAACCUCGACGCAAAUUCAACAGAAAUUUUAAAUUGGACUGUUCCAGUUGCAUUGGACAAUAGUAACGUGGUACCACAAGUGACAGUCUACCCUCUGGGGGUUAUGCCGCCUCUCGUGAUAAAUGAGACAAUUCUGGUUGAGUACAAGGCCAAGGAUCCAAGUGGAAAUGUAGCCAAAUGCUCUUUUAGAAUAAUCCCGGAAGACAACUCAGGUCCUGUAGUUGUUUUCUGCCCUCCAAGUCGAAUCAUCACUUCAGAAAAGCGACAAAUAGGCGUUACAUGGCCAGAGCCUCUAUUUGAAGACAACAGCAACGACCCACUGCAAAUAACGUGCAGUCGAAAAAGUGGCACUGUCUUUUAUUGGGGAAGCUAUACAAUUCACUGUAGGGCAUAUGAUAACAACCCGGAUAACAAGCCAGCAGUCUGUAAAUUUAACCUCACAAUAAAAGCAAAACCAUGUAAGUACCUGAGACCUCCUAUCAACGGAGCCAAGCCUUGUGAUGACUGGAUGUUUGGAAAGAUGUGUUCACCGUCUUGCAAUAGCCGGUUUGAUUUUGACAAAAAUUUCUCGCCUAGCGUUUGGGUUUGCGGAUCAUCGGGUAUCUGGUAUCCUCAAGAUCGUUGGCCAGACUGCACAAAAAAGUCUCAUGCCAGUAAAGUAAGACUUGUAAUGGAAUUGCACUACUAUGAUGGAAGUUGUAACACAGAAGAAACUAGGAUUCAAAUUAAACAGCUCUUUGGAAAGAUUCUCAACGGGUCUGUUCGCUAUACUCAAGCCUGUCAAGAUCCAUCUGUCAGAGAUAAGUGUAAAGCUGAGAACGUUGUGGUCGAGUGCGGAGAGGUCGACGAGUCAGUUGGCAAUAUAAAAAAGCGUUCGACAGGAAAUAACAACCACUUCAGUGGACGGCGAUCAAAUCUACAAGCUAGAGUCACUGUCGAGAUCAUUGUCGAGCUUGAUGGAAUCGAAGGAAACGACACCGACGAAGGUCAGAUCAUGAUCGGAGAAGAAGGAGUGAAAAUUGCCCACAACAUUAGCAGUUUGAUUAAACAAGCAGCUCAAAACGGCAGCUUUCGCUUCUCAGUCAACGGCUCAGAGUUUGAUCCUGACAUAGAAUCGCUCAACAUCUCAACCCCUCAGCUUCUUUGUUAUAUUGGUCAGAUUUACAAGAAUGGAUACUGUCUAAACUGUAGCUCUGGAACGUUUCUGAACAAAACCACUGAAAAAUGCCAAGACUGUCCCUAUGGUACCUUUCAAGACUCUGAAGGCCAAGAACAGUGUUUGCCCUGUCCACCAGGAACCUCCACUAUAGAAUCAAGAACAACAAACUGCUCCAGCUGUUUUGCUUUUUGCAAAGCUGGUUCUUACUCCCCCACGGGUCUUGAGCCAUGUUUCCCUUGCGAUAAGGGCUCCUACCAAGACAUGGAUGGUGAGAAAUACUGCCUGCAAUGUGCAGUGAACCAGACAACGACAUCUGAAGGUUCUAAUAGCUCUACGCUGUGUGGAGAGCCUUGCCCCCCUGGCUCGUUUUCUUCCACUGGAUUGGUACCGUGCUCUUUAUGCGACCGACGCUCUUUCCAGCCACGCAAGGAGAGUCGGAUAUGUUUCCCAUGUCCGGGAACCACUGCAACUGCAUUUCCCGGAUCAAAGACCACACAAGAUUGCAUAGAGAUCAACGAGUGCGAAUCAGACCCUUGUAGCAAGAAUUCAACAUGUACAGACCUCAUUGGAGAUUACCUGUGCUCUUGUUCCUCCGGUUACACCGGAAAGCAGUGUGAGACCAACAUUGAUGAGUGUCAAGACCAACCUUGUUUCAAUAAUGGCACAUGCCAUGACCUUGUUAACAAUUACACCUGCACCUGUGCACAAGGUUUCCGUGGAAAUAACUGCGAAGAGGACAUUAACGAGUGUGAUUCUUCAACAUGCGCCAACAACGCGUCCUGCCAGAAUCUCCCAGGAGGAUAUAAAUGCCAGUGUAGACCUGGUUACAGUGGGACUCUCUGCGAUUUUGACAUAGAUGAAUGUGUUAUGUCCCCUUGUCAGAAUGGAGGUACAUGCCGAGACGGUAUUAAUAACUACGUGUGUGACUGUGUUCUGGGAUAUCAAGGAGAUAACUGUCAAUAGAAUAUUGAUGACUGUGCUGGUAAUUCUUGUCAGAACGGAGGCCAAUGCAUUGACGGUAUUGGAAGCUAUCUAUGCUUUUGUCCAAAAGGCUUUACGGGUAAUUAUUGUGAGAUUGACGUCGACGAAUGUGUAAUGGCAGACUGCAAAAACAAUGCUACUUGCAUUGACGAGAUAAACGGGUACUUCUGCAAAUGUGAGAAUGGAUUCUCUGGAGCGACAUGCGAGAUUGACAUCGACGAGUGUUUCUCCAAUCCCUGUGAGAACCAAGCACAAUGUGUCAAUAUGGUUGAUGCAUAUAAAUGUGAUUGUCAAGAUGGUUUCAAAGGUUUGCAUUGUGAGAACAGCAUCGAAUACUGCGCCACACUUCCUUGUUCGAACAAUGGUUCUUGUCACGAUGGUAUAAACAAUUUCACCUGUGUAUGUCCGCCCGGUUUGACGGGUGAACUGUGCAACGUGGACAUUGACUAUUGCACCUCGAAUCCGUGCUUCAAUAAUGGUUCUUGUCUGGAUGACACCACGGAUUUUACGUGCCAGUGUGCCGAUGGUUUUGAAGGAAAGCACUGCGAAGUCAAUGUGGACGAUUGCAAAAAUGCAACCUGCAGGAACAACAGCACUUGCAUUGACAGCAUAGGUUCGUAUGAGUGCACAUGUGCUGAAGGUUUCACUGGCAUCAGCUGCGAAAUAAAUGUUGAUGACUGUGCAGGAAACCCAUGCGUCAACGAUGGAACAUGUACAGACCUGAUAAACGACUAUCAAUGCAACUGCAAGUUGGGGUACACAGGAAAAAACUGCAGCAUGGACAUCAACGAAUGCGCUAGUUCUCCUUGUAACAACAAUGCUACGUGCGUGGAUCAGUUGCAUAAUUAUACCUGCAUCUGCAAUGAUGGAUUCAGUGGAACUAAGUGUGAGGUUGAUAUUGAUGAAUGUGCAGUGAACUAUUGUGGAAAUGGAUCCACAUGUAAAGAUGGAGUAAAUGACUAUAGUUGUGAAUGUGCCCCAGGCUUUUCUGGUGACGAUUGUAGCACGGAGAUUGACGAAUGUGCAUCUUUUCCAUGUGACUAUGGUGGGACAUGUUAUGAUCAGCUUAAUGCCUUCCUAUGUGUCUGCAAACCUGGAUUUACAGGCCAGCAAUGUAAUGUGAAGAUAGAUGAAUGCGUCUCCAGUCCAUGUCAAAACAAUGGCACGUGCUCGGAUCUUGUGGUAAACUACACUUGCCAGUGCCCAGUAGGAUUUAACGGAUUCCACUGUGAAAACCCAGUGGACUAUUGUUCGGAGUCUGGUAACUGCACCGUAAAUGGACAUUGUGUCAACUCUCGUACAGAUUUUUACUGCAACUGCAGUACCGGGUAUUUUGGGAAAUACUGCGAGUUUGAAAUCGACGAGUGCUUGGCAAGACCCUGUUUCAACAAGGCUACUUGCCAUGAUGCCAUUAGUGACUUCUCUUGCUCCUGUUUAGACGGGUACACGGGCAGGCUCUGUGAACUGAACAUUGAUGAUUGUUGGAACAACUCUUGUCAGAACAACGCGACUUGCGUUGACCGUACCCAGGGGUAUUCCUGUCUCUGUUCCGAAGGCUACAAUGGUACCUACUGCCAAACAGAAAUCAAUGAAUGCGAAUCAAAUCCAUGUUUAAACAAUGGCUCUUGUGUUGACCUGACUCCUGGGUAUAAGUGUGAGUGCUUUGAUAAAUUCAGCGGAGAGAACUGUGAAAACUUGACGGAUCUUUGUUUAUCUGCGCCUUGUCAAAAUGGAGGUACAUGCAAAACUGAAAGCGGUGGGGAAUACUUUUCCUGUCCGUGUUCAGCAGGUUUUACAGGAAAUACUUGCCCGGUCAACAUCAAUUACUGCGUCUCGAAUCUUUGUAUGCCAAACUCUUACUGCCAAGACCAGGUCAAUGGGUAUGCAUGUGAACGUUACCAUUCUUUCACGGGAGAUCUCUGUGAUAUCUUUUUAGGCAGCAACUUUGAUCUGGUUUUCAGACGAAAAAGUAAAGACGACAUGGUACUUCUGUCAGACGGCAAAAGUAUUCCCAGCAUGAGGUCUUUUACAAUCGCCCUUUUUGUGCGUGCCGACUCAAGAUACAAAUCAGGGACACUGUUCAGUUACAGCGUUCCUCAGCAGCCGCGCGACAAAAUAAUACUUUCUUUUACAGAGUCUCAAAUCCUUCUGGAAAUAAAAGAUGAUAUAGCAAAGACGAACUUCGAGCUGCCAGAUGACCAUUGGCAUUACGUGGGAGUUGUUUGGAAUGGAAUCGAUGGAGAGACUUUUGUGUACGUCGAUGGACUGGAGGUAGAACAUUUCAUGGAUGUAAAAACCGGAAUGACUAUAAUGGGAAGUGGCUGGGUCGUAUUGGGGCAGCGUUAUCUCGCAGAGAGCCAGACGUCAACUGAAUCGAUGGCUUUCGUGGGCACUCUGCAUGAAGUUAGCUUUUGGGAUGUACCAGCAUCUGCAGACCACAUGUGGAAUGCUGCACACAGUUGCACCUGGCCUGUUGCAGGAAGUGUGCGAGCGUGGAGCAGCUUCUUGCUUGGGAUCAAAGGAGAAAUAGAGAAGAAGUUUAUUACGCAAUGUAAGGCUUUAGACUGCACAACAAAUUGCUCCCACUUUCUCCAUUGUGAAGCUCGUGAAGACCGUUACCACUGCGCGUGUCUACCCGGGUUUUCAGGUGCGUACUGCAAUAUCGACAUCAAUGAUUGCAGCUCCAAUCCUUGCGUCAAUGGAAAGUGUGUGGAUGGUGUGAACCGAUACGAUUGUGAAUGCGAUGACGGGUAUUAUGGCACUAACUGUGCGCAGAAGAUCGUCGACGAAAAAGUGUGUGCAAAACUGGAGAAACCUAGGACUGGUCAAACAAAGUGUCGAAAGCUAUCUGGAGAACUGCUGUGCAUCAUGUCUUGUGAUGAAGGACACGCCUUUAAUUCCGGAGCAACUACAAUGUAUGGCUGUGGGCCAGAUACAGAAUGGAAAUGGAAUGGAAAAGAUGAUCUUGAGAUACCUUCUUGCGCAAGUAGAGCUACUCCCAAAGAAAUAGAACAUCACUUCUCUGUAAAAUUUCUUGGGGUUAAUUGCGGGAGCAUUAAAAACCACAAGGAUUUACUCAAAGCUGUGAAAAGCGCUGUCCACAAAACACUUUCAACAGUCUCCGGAUGCCAUGCUUGCCAACUGACAAAGCUUACCGUUCCCGAAUGUGAGUUUUCGGAGGAGGAGAGGAAAAAGCAAGCAGUCAAUCACGCAAUGGAGGUUCUUUUUACCUUGAUGGUGAGAGAAGCUCUUGAUAAUGACUUAAAGAACGACGAUGUCCUGGGAAAGAGUGAAGCGGUCCUGUUUCAGAUGAAAUAUGCGGUCGUUACAGGACAGUUCAGUAUAAAUGUGAAUGGAAUGAACAGCACCGCUGAGAAAUCUUCAUUACAGUAUCUUUGUUAUAGUGUUAUAUGCAGUGCCGGAUUUGUUACAAGCGGCGACAAAAAAGGAUGUGUGGCGUGUCCAGUGGGAACGUACUACGAUCAAAACAGCUGUAACUGUACGCUAUGUGGCAAAGGUAGUUACCAGGACAAGGAAGGUCAAACCAGCUGCGAAAAGUGUGACCAAGGAAAAUCAACGGAUGCCACUGGAGCUACUUCUAGUAAAGACUGCUUCAGAGAACCUGAUUCCACCAAGGAAGAUACUGACACUGGCCUCAUCGUCGGACUUCUUGUCGCUGUAAUUAUUUUGGUUGCUUUGACUGCAGCUGGUUUCUAUUUUUACCGCAGAUUGACCUAUGCGUGCAAUGGAAAACCGGAAAGGAGCGAGAGAUCAUUAACGUUCGGAGGAAUGCGGGACCCCGCAGAAGACAAAGCCUCGGAUGGACUAGGAAUGCAAUCACAAGGAGGGGAUCACCAAAUGAGACCAGUCCAUACCUAUGAAGAGAUAUCAGAACUAAGAAUCUAUGUGAAUGGCAAUGUUGGUCGUCAGAUGAACAGUGAAUCUCAAUCAACUAUACAAAAUGAUGAUGUUUGGCCUUAUGCAGUAACUCCAUUGUACCCUUAUGAAAACGUUUAAAUUACUUCCCUCCUCACGCCGAAGCAUUUGGUCUGUAAACUAGAUUAUCCAGGUAUAUGGCAGAACAUUAUGAAAUUGCGAGCGAAGCGUAAGCAUUUUAUUAUUGCAGCUGUCUGAACAUGGGCAACUUGUCCAACUAAACAGUCCAUUAAAACUCUACAAAAAAGGGAAUUCUUAUGCAGGAGUUUGACAAAAUCAUCAUAGUCAUAUAAACUUAAAGAUAAAUAUGUGUCAGGUAUUUGUAUUUUUGUGGCCAACGAGAGGCUCACCAAAAACAUUCAGUUUGGGAAGUAUUCAGUUUUUUAGAAACGUUUUGAUGACUAAGGCUGGUUAGCUCAGUGUAUCUAAAAAUCGAUAAGCUGAUAUUAAGUUCGGCUUCUGCCACUUUCCUGGU